GAUAGAGGAUAAAAUGAUAAACAAUUCAUAUGCGUAAACAAAAAACAAUAUUGUCGUGUUGUAAGCAAUAUUAAUUAGCACUGCAGAUGAUACUUCUAGAGUUCCAGUUUACUUUAAAUGUUAUUGUGAUAUUAAAAAUGUAAUGAUUUUCUUCAUAUAAUAUAUACAUUUUUGACACUUACGUAAAAGCUUUGAUCGUUUCAGAGCGUCUGGGAGCUGAAACGUUUGGUUUCUUUAUUUAUAAUAUGAAACUGACUUUCUACACUAAAAGAAUCAGUCGAGUGUUGGCCACUAUAUUAAUGUCAUCGAAAACAAGUGCAUUUUUCUGCAAAUAAUUGCUAGUUAAUCUUCAUAGUAUAUUAACCGAAGGUGUAAAAGAAUCUGAAAACUUGAGAUUUUAUUACAUUUGACGUAUGAAAAUGUAUGCUUAUGGCUAAUAUUUUAACGACAUUUUUAAUAAUAGUUGCAAGAAUAUUUAUCGAGUGUUUAGAAUUAACAUUUUCAUCCAUGCACAACUCCUGUUUGCAUUUUGUGGAGAACUGGUUUGGUCGUGAUAGAAAAACUAUUUCAAAAAAUAGUUCCAAAGAUGAACACAAUAUUUACCAUGAGAAACAAGUAAAGGAACUCUGUGCACUUCAUGCAUUAAAUAAUUUAUUCCAGGACAAAAAUGCUUUCAACAAGCAGAUCUUGGAUAACAUUUGUCAUAGUCUGUCUCCUGAUAACUUGGUGAAUCCUCAUAAAAGUAUGCUUGGUCUUGGUAAUUAUGAUGUGAAUGUUUUAAUGGCUGCACUACAGUUGAAAGGUUAUGAAGCUAUGUGGUUUGAUAAACGAAAAGAUCCAAGUAACAUAGAUUUCAGCAAGACUUAUGGCUUGAUUUUGAAUAUACCCAGCGAAAUGAAAUUUUUGCCUCUAAGACUAAACAGAAAACACUGGAUAGCAGUGAAAGAAAUAAAUGGAAUAUUUUAUAAUUUAGAUUCAAAGUUAGACAGUCCAGUUUCUAUUGGGAAGACUACUGACCUGGUUUCCUACCUUCGUGAACAAAUUCGAGGGAAAGACCGUGAAAUAUUUAUUGUUGUUCCUCAAGAAUUGGAUCGUAAUUCUUUAUGGAGGAAGGAAACUCGCCGUAGUGAAACAUACAAUAUUCCAGUAACAUCUUAUUCUGUGAAUCGUGGUUCAGUAAAUAGUACAGUGGCUGUAAUUCAUUUGAAUUCAGAUACUGAAAACAGGCCUUUGACUUCAGUUGAUUCAUGCAAAGAUGUAAACUGUGAUGUGAUAAGCCAUAUGAAAUCAUAGCCUUCAAAGUUACAUAUGAAGACACCUAAAUGAUUAAUUGCCUCAUAUUAUAAAUAAUGUUAAAAUAUUAAAUAAUCCAUAUUAUUAACAAGACUAAAGGAAAUAGAACAUUGCAAAUUUAAUUUUUUCAGAAUGAUUUAAUGUGAACUGAUACCUUUUAUAAAAGUAUUAGGAAGUAGGAAUCAUUUGAAUAUUGAUACUAUGCACAAUUGUAUUCUCCGUCCUUGCUAGAAAGAAGCAGCUAUUAAUUCUAUAUCGAGAAUCAACAAAUAUAAUCAUUUGUGUUAUGAAACACAGUGUAAAAGUGACAUGUUAAUAUAUGAAAUAAAGUGUUACUAUUUAGGGAUUGUUUUGUUUUGAAAUAUUUUAUCUUUGUAAAUACUACAUAUAAUAUAGAAUUAUUUAAAAAACAUUACAAUGAUCUGUCAUUUGCCACAAAAUUAUGUAUUUGUUUAGUUUAUUUUAAACUGAAUUUAAGUAAUUUAUAGCCUAAUUGUUUCAGUUAGUGAAUGAAUGUAAAAUAGGAUGUGGAUAUUUAGUACUUAUGGAAUAUUGGUGUCAAAUUAAAAUUAAGCGAUUUGUAUAGGAUAUUACUUUAGUAUGUAAAAUAAUGUUUAUGUAUUAUUGAGAUUUGAAAAAAAAUGAAAUCCUUAUCCUAUAUUCUUCAAAUGAAAUUACUAAUUCAGUGAAGUUUUAAAUACAAGUAGAAUAAAAAAGGUACUUAUGAAUUAACACAGUCACCCUGGCAUAAUUUGGCAGUUUUUUAUAGAAGAUAAAAUAUAUCUUACAUUUAAAAAAACUAUUUUUUACAUAUAUGUACAUUCUAAUUAGAUAUUUUUCUCAAAAAUUAAUCAAUAAAUUACUUAGGUGUUUUUUCUUGUUGUGGUGGAAAUUUCUUGGCAAUUGCUAUCAUAAUUUGUCCAUAAAAAGCUUGCAAUUUGGAAUGCAACACCAUGGGAAAACAAAAUACACAUAGAAAUGGUAGCAUUGUUUGUUAAAACUGAAAUGUCUUCAUGUGCACCAGUGGCUGAAGAAUUUAUUAUUGUGUGCAUAGUUGUCAGAGUACACCACAUUCUUAAAAUUUGGCAAAUUCUAUUAAAUUUUUGCAUUAAUACUUAAGAACCUUGAAAAAUGUGUAAUUUUUUUUACUAUAACUUGAAAAACGUAACAAAACAAUGAUUUAAAAUUUAAGAUAGUAAAAGUUCAUAAUAGUUACAGUUGCAUCAUGUUCAGAUAUAAAAUUCAUUAUUAAUGAUUCUCACAACUGUUAACUGUUAUUAAUUUUUUUGGAGGGUCCUGCUAGUUUUGCUUAUUAAUGAAUGAGGUGGCAUGGCAGAUUUUUUUUUAUUAUUAUUAUUUAAAGUAUGUACUAGAAGUUUUUUUUUAAUGUAUUAAAUUUCUAAAACUGAAAAUAGAGUAUCAUAACAUAUUAUGUUACUAUUUCACCUUCAUACAAAUCUAACUUUGCUUUUUUAUUUUUUUAUUUUUUAUUUAUUUUUUUUAAAAAUAUGUUGAUUUUAUGUUCUGUUGUUUUCUUUUUUCCUUCUUAUUAAUUAAAAAUAUUUUGCUAGUUAGCAAAUUCAGCAUCUGAAACCAUAACUUUUUUUAAAGACAAAAACAAUAUACUGGGUAUGUGCAAAAGAUCCUGUGGUUUUAGUGAAAGAAUUCAAUAUAUUUGAAUUCUAUCAUGUUGUGUAACACCUGUAUGGGUUGUCAAUUUACAAUAUAUUUUUUAUUAUUACCAGUGAACCACUGCAAACUAUCAAGUAAUUUUUCCAGACCUUUCUGCAGAUUGAAUCUUCUUUGUUGUCAAAAAGUUUUUUUUUAAUUUAUUUAAUUUAUUUUAUUGUAUUUUUGAUUUAACAUGAACAUCCUUUGCAUUGUUAUAUGCCCCUUCUUAAAGAAAAUUUUUUUAAGCAGGUGUCAAUCUUUUGAAGCAAUACCCAGUGAAUAAGAGGGGUGCUGUAUGCGUUCAGACAGAUGUAUAUUGUCUUGCAUUUUUAUGAUGGAAUACAUGGUGUCUUGCAGAAACUCUAUGAUGAAGCUUCUUGACCAUUCAUCAGCUCUAGGAACUUUUCUGUCAGAGCAUUGCAAAGCUUGUCCAAAUAAUGGUAAUAUAUCACUCCAUUUUAUGUUUGAUUUGGUGAUAGCAGUUGGCAAUAGAUUGCUCCACUGAUAGUUGGAAACAGACUAAAUAACCAAUUAACUGUCUUCCACAUUUUUAUGUUAUGCAAACUUUGUUUUGCAGUAAAUUUUGAAGAUUUGCCUGGCCAACAAAAGUUCUGUGUUAUUUUACAUUCUGAUAGAAAAUCCAUUUACGACUGAUGCAAAAAUCCUGAUGCAUUUUGCUUGACAAGGCUUAACACACAAGAAUUUACUCUCUUCCCUUUUCUGAUAAAUCUGUAGUACAUAAGUGUCCAACUUUACCGCAUAUCCCACAGUAAGAAUCUACUUCUCAUUUGUUAUCCCAUGAAGCUGAUCUUCACCAUUGCUGGGAGUAGAUUCUAACAAUCUCUUGUAUUUCAGUUCUUGGGACCUUUCAGGCCUUGGUUGAUCUUCACGUUGCUUAUCACUAUUACAAAAAUGUUAAAAUAAAUAUAGGUAUGUUCAUUCUAAAACAGCAUUAUUGUCAUAAAUGUUACAUAUUCUUCAACCCAUUUCUGCUUUGUAUUCAGAAGAAAACUGAUAUAAAGACAGUGCCUGAUAAUCUUCUUUUUACCCCCCUUUUUUUUUCUCUGCUACUUAGAAACUAAUGCACAUUGCUCAUACCAGAAUUCUUUAUUAGGCAGGACAGUCCCAUACUGCCUGCUAUUAUGUAAUGAAAGCCAUAAACAAAUUUCUAAAAUCAAAAGGAUUUCCACAAUAAAACUGCAAAAGCAUUUUACACAUAUCCAGUUCAAAGCAAAAGAGGAUUUAUGAUUUAAAAUAACUAAAUUAACAAUUCAUGUUCAAAUAUGAAAUUGACUACUAAUUCUAAUCUAUGAAUUAAUUAAAUUAUUACUUGAUGUUUACUAAUUUAUUGAACUAUUAAUUGCAUUUGCAAGUUGUAAUUCAUGGAAUCAUUAAGUAAAUCCUUUACUGCCAAUACCAAGUAUAGAAAAGGAACAGAAAUGAACUGAAAUUUGAUAAUUAAAAAUAUUACAAAUCCUUUAUAGUUCAAGCUAACUAGUCUAUUAAGUAAUUUAUUCAAAACUCUUGGAUGUAAAGAGGGUGCUUUGUUUGAAUUUUUUUUCUUUUUAAAUGGACUAAAUAACCUAAUAAAUCAGAUCUUUAAAAUAUUUAACAUUACAUUUAGAGGUCCUAAAGCAACUUUUAGGAAUAGGUAAUAUUUGUAAAAUUUUUAAUUGAGUAGAAAUGCGUGUUAACUGUGUAUCAAAUAUUUACUUGCUGCUGUAGUAAAAAAAAAAAAAAAAAAAAAAAAAAAAAAAAAAAAAAAAAAAAAUCAUAAUUUCUGAUUUAUAAGUGUAAAAAAGUUCAUUUUUUCAGUACAAUCAGAAUCAUAUUUACCAAGCAAUACUGAUUGAUUAAGAUUGCUCUAAAAUAAUAAGACUUAAUAGUGAAUGAAACAUGUUUGCAAGAACUUUUAAGGAGCUGCUAAAAUACAUUAGCUGAAAUUCUAUAUUAAAUUUCUUCUUAUCCUUGAUUUUCCUUCACAGGAGAGGAAUGCAAAACAAUGUUACAUCUUUUAGAAUAAAAUCAUAAAAUCAGCAUUUAAAAGCAAUUAGAUUUCAUAUUCAAAUAUGUAUUAUUCUUAAUUGUUUGAUUUUUAAUUCUUUGCCUUUAAGUAAUUUUCAGAAACUGAAAUUAAAUGUCUAUUAUUUAGAUACAGCAAUUUUAGUUACUAGUUAGAUUUAAUGUUUUAAAAAUUCAUUGCAGACUUUUAUCAUAAAGGAAUUUCAAAGUUAUAGUUGAAGCAAAUGUUGAGUUUUGAUGUGCAGUAUUUAUUUUUUCAACAAAUAAAGCACUUUAUUCUGCAUGGGUGUUUUUAUAGUUAAUAUAAUAUAGUUUUUUUAGUUAAUAUACAUAUUUUAAAGCCAUUCUGUUUUGUGAGUUUUCAUUAUAGCUGUAUAUUUCAGUAAUUCUUAUUUUUAAUGUAGUUUGAGAAUGAAGAAUUUUGUGUAGUAUCAGUAAUUAUUUAAAAUGAAAAAGAGGGAUUACAUGUGAAAUUUUUAUGUAAAGCAUUCCAUUCGCUAAUAUCAAUGACAUUAAUAACAUUUUUUAGAAUAAAUCAUUAUAUUUUCAGUGUAAGUUUUUUAAGACAGUUUUGAUCAGUUGAAUGUUAUUUUUAUUCUUUCUUAGUUAAAUAAAUUGUUAAGUAUGAAAAAUUUCAGUAAUUGUUGAAAUAUAGAUAACAGUUUUUAUCUCAACUUUUUUGUCAGUCUCUGAUUCAAAUCACUUUUUUGUUUAUAAUUUGCACAGAAUUUGUUUAUAAUUGAACUGUAUAUAUUAUUUUAUUGUAUAACUUUAAUUGCACUGGAAAUUAUCUUUUUUUUUUUUUUUUUUUUUUAAUAUUUUUUUCUUAAUUUUAGUUUGUGCGUGUAUUUUAUUAUAAAUACUGUGUUUAUCUAAAGUUGAGCUCCCAACUGUAUUUAACAUAGAGUUUUAUGUAAAAGUAUUUUUUUUUUUCAUUUGAAAUAUCAUUGUAUAAAAUUGUUAUAAUUUGAAUGACAGAGUUGUUUUAGUGUGAUUGAUGUUUCAUUAUGAGCAGUCUUGAAGAAAAUUUAAUAUAAUGCAAUCCUUUUGUUUAAUACAGUAUUUUGAUUAAUUUAGUUUUUGUGAAUUACUGUUUUACUAUAUCAUGAUAUUUAUUUUAGAUCAUACAGUAAAAAAAUUCAUGUAUUAAUUGACAUUAUUUUAGAGAAAUUUAUCCAUUAAUUUAUAACUCUGAGAAAGUUUUGCUGCUGAAAAGCUCUUGACUUGACCAAGAAACGAAUCACAAAAUUAUGAAAUCUGUAUGUUGAAUAUACGGAAAUUAAAAUGAAUAAUCUAUGCAUUUAAACAAAAGCUGCUUCAAAACUUCUGUUAUCUUAUAAGCAGAUGCGUAAUUCUACAAAAAGAGAAUUUUUCUGCAGUUAUUCUCGUCAAUUUUCUUCCUGUAUUUCCUUUUUAUUAAUUCAGAAAUUUAUAGUAGUAUUAAAUUAUACAUGUAUAUGGCUGAUAAUCAGAGUGGACUUCCCAUUGCCUUUUUUUACAAAAAUUAUUCUAUGUUAACUGCUUAACCUUUCUAAAAGAAAUAAAUCUUCACAGUGCCAUCUUACCCCCAAAAAAAUUAUACUCUUAUUCUGACUUUUGGAUCUUAACGUUUUUUUUUUUUUUUUUGCCUUUUAAUUAGAAAUUAUCACUAGUAUCCGUUUACUUUUGUUUCUUGUAGACAUUCAAACGUUUUGUCACUCAGGAAGGUGGUAAAGUAGUUGGCAGUGUAUUCAUAUUUUGCUAAGGCCAGUUGUUCAGGAAUUAUAAAUACAGUAUGAUCUCCAGUGUCUCAACAAUAUAAUUUUUUUCCUUCCACUUUUGGCAAAAUCAUAAAAUUCAGUUCAUAAACUUUAUACACAGUAUUUACAAUUAAUGCCUUAAAAACUUUGGUGAAUUUUUGUUCUCAAAAGUUCCCUGUUGAAAGCUAGCAUAUUGCUUAUUCAUCAUUCAUUAUUUUCAACUUUCCCUUUUUACCGUGAUACUUUCGGUUUUUUUAAGCACAUCUCUAAGUAUAUGUAAUCAAAUCUCCUGAUUUUUUAUUUUUGGCCUUUGCAUUAGAAAAUUUUUCCAAGCUAUAAGUUAAAUUUGUUAAAUUAAUGAAACUUAAGGUGUGCAAAUUCCAUUCUUCCACCUGUAGUUACUGUCAGCAUAAUUUUUUCUUAUUUGUUCUGAAUUGUCUAAAUCUACUAUCAACACUUGUAGGACUUUUUUUAUGAUGAUGUAGGCAAUGUUUGUAUUUAAUUUUGUUUCACAUCCAUAAAUGAUACAUGACUAAGUUUAAGCACACAGCUCUAUAUAUGCUAAUUAUUAAUUAUCUUUUCGUCACAUUUAAAAGUAGCUUAAUAAAAAAUACUGUUCUGCCCUUCUCGGGAUUUUCUCAGUAUAAAAAAAUUGUAAGAUGAAAAGCCCAAGAGCAUAAAAUUUAUCAAUUACUACUAAUAAUAAAUUAAUACAUUUUUUAUCAACCUGAAACAUACGUUAUAAAGUGAACUGGAGUUCUCUUAAAAUGGUGUCAUCAUUUAGAAUGAAAAUCGUUGGAAACCUCCCUAUUUUUCAUAUUUUAAAGUUGGCAGCUAUGACAUUUGAUUUUGAUGUGCACACUCUCUCAGUGCAUACAUUAUAUUACAGACUCUAUGGAUUUCCUAUCGAGUUUCUGUUUUAGGAAUAGGAAAUUAAAGGUGAGUUAGAGUUUGAUAAUUGUAAAUUCUGUACUGUGCCCAGAGAUGAUUUCAUCUAUGAUUUGGGAAAUGAAUGACUGCAAUGAAACUUAAGAAGACAUAAAUGAACCAGUACUUAAAAUUAUGCUUACAUAUUGUAUUUAAAUAUUAUUAUUAUUGUAAAUGUAAAAUGGCUGUAGCUGUAAUUUUAAUUCUCAUUACUAGUAUUUUUUUAAAUAGUGCUCUAAUUUUUUACAGUUAAGCUUUAUUUUUGCUACAAAUAAAUAGCAAUUUCAAGAAUUGUAGACCUUAUUUGUAAUUUGUAAAUAAAUAUAUUAAAAUGG